AUGACAGCUUCACAAGAGAGCACAAGCGUCGGUAAGAGCCUAACACCGAGUAAGUCGGAACGAAUCCACGUCUUACAUAUAUUUCUCCAAAGCCGAUACAUCGCACUAGAACACGAGAAUGAGCGGUGGCGCCAACAACUACAAAGCUCUCAGUUGAACCCCGAUUCCGUGCCGACUGCAUUAUCCACGGCGGCAACGGACCUGGUGGUACCGGCUGCGCUGAAGCCGGAUGCUCAAUUGGACGAUUCGCAGGGUUUGUCGCUGGCUUACCCCCAAUAUCAUCUUGCCCCAGCGGGCUCCGUACCGGGUACGAUUAUGGGAGGGAAUGACCCCACAAAGCCACGUUCACUGAAAAGCGUUACCGUUACGGGAGGAGAGAUUGACGACCUGUACCAAUUGUUCUUCCGUCACUAUGCCUCGUUCCUCCCGAUCCUCGAUGUGCAGACCAAGCCGAAUUCGUACCACACGCAGUCUCCAUUCCUGUUUUGGGCCGUCAUCGGCGUUGCCAGUCGAUCAUAUUCCCGGAACCCGACUUUGCAGACUGCGCUGGCCCAGGAAGUCACGGAAAUGGCAUUUCUGUCGGUCUUAUCGACGUGCGCGCCGUGGUACACCAUACAGGGACUGUUGCUCUUGCUGACAUGGCCGUUUCCCAAGGAGAAUCGCCCGGAUGUGACGUUUCCUCUGAGUGGAAUGCUCUUGCAUGUAGCGAUGCAAAACGGUUUCCAUAUCCCAAUGUCGAGCCAUGAAUUUUCCCGAGUGAAGAUCCCGGCGCCGUCAGACUUGGAUACGGUCAGACGCUCCGAGCUGUGGGCUCAUUGUGUCCUUGUGUACCAACGGUCUUGUGUGAUCAAAGGGCAGUCCCCGCGAAAUCUGGUCAGUUUAGCACAGGAUACCAUCCAACGCCAGGUGCUAUUUGAUAAGAUUGCUCCACACCUGGUUCAGAAACUCAGAUGUCUGGAGGUCGUUGGGAAAUGCAGCGAGGCAGUUCUGGAGAACGGAGUUCGUGCCAUGUCCCUCGACCAGGAGCUGGCUUUGGACGUCUUGUUGCGCAAGUAUGAGGGAGAGGUAGAUGAUAUUGCAUUGCAGGCAGUAGUCGACGAUGAGAGGUAUCACCUUCUCCUUUGCCGCAUGGCAAUCCAAAGCUUCCAUUUCUACAAAAAUCAAACACUCGUCUCCAGUGGAUGUCUUCCACGUCUUAUCGUCACCGCUUGCAACUUGAUAGACUAUGUUCAAGGCUUGGCGGAUCGUAUGGGAUCUCUCUUCAUGGCACCUGUUCAGAUAAGCUUCGGUCUACUCCUGGCUUCUAUGUCACUGCUGCGGAUUCUCAAAAGCGAUUAUGCCUCCAGCGGACUCGACACAAGCCGUGCCCAGGCAUCAUUCUUCGCCACCAUCAAUUUGGCUAAGCAAAUGUCCACCGACAGAAGCGAUACAGCUGCUAAAAUGAUCACGGUUUUGAAUCAACUAUGGAUUAGCAGCAAGGCAUUUCGCAAACCCGACGGCUCGGAAUACACCGCACUUCGAAUUCGCAGUCGCUUGAUCCUCAGUCAGAUCUUAGAUGCUGUCUGGUGGUGGCGUGAUGAAUAUGACCCUCACACGCGCUCUAAAAAGCAGGGGACGGAGUCUGUUGACGGUCCUUCGCGAGCCAAUAUGCUUCCGGGCAUCGAGUUAGGGCGUGCUGUAAUGGGAACAGAUCCUACUCGGGACCCCUCUGGCGGGAUUCUUCAGAACGCGGGUCCUCUACAGGGAGAGUUCCAGAUCAACGAGGAUUACUUGACAAACUUUGAGUGGCUGAGUGAUGAAAUUUUCUCAUUUCCUCCAGAUGCGUCGUUGACGAACAACCUACCUUGA